AAUCAAUUAUCCUCGUCACACCCGUGUUCUUGAAGAGAAACCUGCGUAGAAGAGUAUUUGUACGUUAACGUACAAGACUCCAACUGCUGUGGUCCUUGAGAGAGAGAGGGAGAGAGAGGGGCUGUGAAGCUCCCUGCUUUCUGUGUGAGAACCAAUUCAGCAAAAACCCAAAGAAUUUGCAGUUGAGUGAGAGACUGAGAGAGGCAGAGAUGGAGGAAGAGAAGCAGCAGAGUAUUAAGGAGGAGGAGGAGGAGCGUCCAGUGAGAGUAUAUGCAGACGGCAUUUAUGAUCUCUUUCACUUCGGCCAUGCCCGUUCUCUCGAGCAAGCCAAGAAACUGUUCCCCAAUACGUAUCUGCUUGUUGGCUGCUGUGGUGAUGAAAUUACGCACAAUUAUAAGGGAAAAACUGUUAUGACUGAGAAGGAGCGCUAUGAAUCACUCCGCCAUUGCAGAUGGGUGGACGAAGUUAUCCCUGAUGCACCAUGGGUGCUCUCGCAAGAGUUUCUGGACAAGCAUAAGAUUGACUUUGUGGCACAUGACUCUCUUCCCUAUGCUGAUGCAAGUGGCUCUGGAAAGGAUGUCUAUGAAUUUGUUAAGUCUGUUGGGAAGUUUAAAGAAACAAAGCGAACUGAUGGGAUCUCUACAUCGGAUCUCAUAAUGAGGAUAGUUAAAGAUUACAACCAGUAUGUGAUGCGUAAUUUGGACCGUGGGUACUCAAGAAAAGAUCUAGGUGUCAGCUAUGUGAGGGAAAAGCGACUGAGAGUGAACAUGGGACUGAAAAGAUUGCGUGAGAGGGUGAAGGUGCACCAAGAAAAAGUAGGAGAGAAGAUACAAAUAGUAACACAGACUGCCACCAUGCGUCGUAAUGAAUGGGUGGAGAACGCUGACCGGCUGGUUGCUGGAUUUCUGGAGAGGUUUGAAGAAGGUUUCCAUAAAAUGGGAACAGCCAUAAGGGACCGAAUUCAAAAGCGAAUAAGGACACAGCAGUUCAGAGGGCUUUUAUAUGAAGAAGAUGAUGAAUUCUAUGAUGACUCUGAAGAAGAAAACGAUGAUGAAGAUGAGAACUGAAUUUGCUUCUGUUGCUGUCAAUUGCUUAGGAGCUGGAAUACUUAUCCGUUGUAUUAUUGUUAGUGGUCUGUCAUUUCGUUUCGAUAGUGGCUUGUUUGAUGUAGUUGACACAAUCUUUAUGAAGAUCACAAAUUUGUGCAAAAUCGUUCGAGUUUCCACAAAUGAAUGGCUUUUUCCU